AUGUCAGAUUUCAAUUCAGAGUCUUUAUUCAUCUUGAAUUCAUUCCUGAAUUCCUCGCUAGAGGACGUCUCCGCCGUGAACAGCGAAUUUCCCCAACUUUUGAGUGUAGUCGAAAGACUUAACUUGUUCGUCAAUGAAUUCCGAAGUCUUCCCAACUACGCACCUACUUUCCAGCUUGUCGAUGGUGUUUUUGAUAAGGAUAUUGAACAUGUGCUGACUAGCUACUCCAAUAUCCUCGAGAAUCUGUUCGAGCAUGUCAAUUGGGGUCGGAUCGUUUCCAUGUUUGCCAUACUUCAAAGUGCUGCCAAAAAAAUCAAAGCUAAUCACGAUUUACAGUCCUUGAAUAAACUAGUCGAUCUUACCGCCUCUUUCAUAGAUCGUCGCCUUAAGACCUUCAUAGUUGAACAGGGUGGCUGGGAGGGUUUGCUAUCGUUGACUGCACGCAGGAACCCCCAGGACUCAUUCAGGCAAAACGCCAUGCUGUGCGUUGUUGGAGCUGUUGGUGCGAUCGGCGUCGCUGGCUUACUCCACUUCAUUUCCUGCCGGAUUUAA